UACUUUACUCACUGGUGUGAAGAAAGAGCAAGAGGACUUUCUUUUCCUGUGACAAACAGGAAGCUCCUUCUGCUGUAGCUGGAGGAGAACUGACACUUGUUCCCUGAAAACAGGAAGCUGGACUUGGGAUAAUGUUUUGUUUUGCUGCUCCAUUUCUUUUCCUUUUUUGCCCAAGCUACCUUCUGUUUCUGUUCACUGCAUGUAACAAAUGGGCAUGUUGUCAAAGGCCUUUCCCCACUACCCACUCUUCUAGGUCAGUGGCUUUACAGUGGUAUUUCACUAAAAAACACACAUUAUCUGAGAUCCUGACAGCCAGGUGUCAGAUGUACUACAAACUGCAUCACCUCAUUGUUAAGGUGUCGGUGAGUUGUGGUGAUGGGCAAACCUCAGGUCAUCCUACUCAAUCAUUCUUCUCUAUCUAAACAACACUCAGCCACCCUACUUUUGUGCAUCUGUGGUAUGCUGUCCCUUUACAUGCAGAGCUGCCUGUGUGGCUGUGUUCUGGGAAAGAGAUUUCUCCAUUCCUUUUGUGCUGGAGAGCAAUAUGCACAGUCUAAUCUCACUGAUGAGAUACAGAUCUAGCUCUGGAUCAGCCCUAAUUCAAGGUAAGAAGGCCAACCUUUUGGCAUCAUUCACCCAUCCAGGGUGGUUGUGCUCUGGACUGGAUCCCAGUCACUCUUACAAUAAGGUACCAUGAAUGUUUCAUUGCUUCAUGUAUUAUGUGCAGAUUGGAGCAGGAAGAGAUUUAUCAAACUAUUCUGCCCUGAUAACUGGAAAGCUGAGCAGAGCAUGUGCUGUAAGCAUGAACCUUUGGGAAUUGGAGUGGAAGCCUGUAUAUGGGUACAAUCACACUGGGACACAAUUCUUUGAGAUUAAGAAGAGCAGACCUCUGACUGGGCUGAUGGACCUGGCCAAAGAAAUGACCAAAGAGGCCCUGCCAAUAAAAUGCCUGGAAGCUGUGAUCCUGGGAAUUUACCUCACCAACAACAUGACCACACUGGACCGUUUUCCCAUCAGCUUCAAAACCCACUUCUCAGGGAACUACUUCCGACACAUCGUGCUGGGGGUGAACUUUGGCGGCCGCUAUGGGGCACUGGGCAUCAGCCGACGUGAGGAACUUAUGUACAAAGCACCUGUCUUCCGCACACUGAGCGAACUCAUCUUUGACUUUGAGGAGGCCUAUCGCCGCUGCUGGCACACUCUGAAAAAGGUGAAGCUGGGCCACUGUGUGUCCCAUGACCCACACAGUGUGGAGCAGAUUGAGUGGAAGCACUCCAUCCUGGAUCUAGACAAGCUGACCCGUGAAGACUUUCGCAAAGAGCUUGAGAGACAUGCCCGUGAUAUGAGGCUGAAGAUUGGGAAAGGAACUGGACCACCGUCUCCCACCAAGGACAGAAAGAAAGAUGUCUCCUCCCCACAAAGAGGUCAGGCCAGCCCCCAUCGGCGAAACAGCCGUGGGGACCGACGGCCAUCUGGUGAGAAGAAGCCUGCCGAUUCCAAAGCCAUGCCAGACCUCAAUGGGUACCAGAUCCGGGUGUGAAGAGAGCUGUGCCUUGUGUGCCUGGCUCCACGGACUUUUUGCUGGCCACAGUUGGGACCUGGAUCCACCUGCAGUGAUUCUGACAAAUGGGACAGGGGAGUGGGAGCAAAAGAAUGCUGAUUUUCCCAGGUACUUACUAGUGGGCCAGUCCCAGUGCUGGAUCCCAUGGGUCCCAGAGGAUUCGCCUGCCUGUUUCUGGGAGAGGUGACCAUCCUAAUUCACUUAAGUAUUUUUAAAAAAAGAAAAAAAGAAGAAAAAAAAAGAAAAAAAUCUGUACAAUAGUGGGAGUUUGCUUCAGGAAGAAUACUAAGUGAGUGGGGUCAGUGGACUUGCUAUCUUUGCCUUGACAGCAAGUAGAUGAAGCAUUCUUGUCAACAGUACUUCUUCCCUGUCUGCACAGAAGUCUUCAACCCCUGCAAGGCCUGCAGGGCUGCUGGAGAAAUGAUGCUGGAAUGGGAUGGCCCUUGAAUCUUGUACAAAAACUCCUGGUUUUGUCAUUAUGAACACUUUGUUUAUCAUCAUCUCUCUUGUGAGAGAUAGGUCUGAAUUUGCUCAGCCUGAUUUAUUGACCAUACAAAGUCUUCUCAUCCAGAAAAAACACAUCUUGUAUGUUUAGUCCUGCCUAUUUCAAAGCAUUUCAUUAUCUCUGAAGGGGCAGACAGUGGAAUGCUGGUGACCUGUUGCUGUAGGUCCUUUGGUGGUUGAGUGGAUCAGGAUAUGCCUAUACCACUGCUACAUGAAAACAGGCACAGAGACCUCGAUUGUUCCAGCAGUGGAGAUGGGGCAGAUGGGGCUAGUGGAAAAACUGAACUUCACAUCGUCUCUUCAUCAGUCUUCUCUCGAUUAACUUCUAGUGGCUGCUGCUCAGAAAGCUUGUGGCAGGCACUUCAGUCACUGAGGUACGAGUUUUAAGAGUAAAUAGUUAAAGAAGGAUGUAAUAAUGUGAACAGGUUUUACAAGCGUUUUUCCCUUUCCACAAGGCUCUUGCUCCUUCGUCCCUGUAGUGUUAGUGCCAGAGUUACAUACACCUGUUUGUGAGAAGCUCUGCUGGAGGAAAUUGUGGCUGCUUUCCUGACAGCUCACCCUGGAGCCUCCUGAAAGCAGUUCCCAACCCCAAUGUUGUGCUUGUGUUCUGGCUCUUUGGAUAGCUGCAGUAUGUAACAGCUUCGCUUACAAUAACCUUCCCCAAAGGGCUAGGCUGGGCCUUUCUGCCAUUUGUGGCCUUGACUUCCUGUGCUUCUUUUGGUCAGUGUUGUACUGCUGAUUAAGCAGUGUAAUGCUUGUCAGAAAUCGGGAGUGUUGUCAAACCUCUCUGUUUGAGGCCUUGGGCAUGAGAACAGUGGGAUUUCCAGAAGUCAGAACAGCAUGGUCUUAAAGUGAUUUGGAUGCAUAGAUCUAGGGGAUGCAAAAACUGAGACUGAAAGUGGAAGUAUCCUGGAGAGAAGUCUUGUUUUAUCACAGCACUGACAAGGAGCUAAACUUUCUGAAAUACCACAUAUUUAAUUUUGUUAGAACCAGGCUUAUUCUUUCCUUUCUUUGUUAGAAACAUAAUGUAACUUAGCUCUACUAGUUUUUUUGUUGGAGUAUUCCUGUGCCACAUCCUCAUAAUAAGCAGAGCUAUUUUGGUGGCAGAGAAUGGGUUCUUAACCCCAAACAAAUCAGCUCUUCUGCCUAGUUAAAGCAGUUAAUCCUCAAAGCACCACCCGCAAGCUAUUUAAUUCACGCCUUACAGGUUCCUAAUUGUACAUCCUUAACUGUGAUGUAACUUGCAAGGUACAUCCAUACCACUGCAGUCGGUCCUUCCAAUCUCCCUCUGUAGUCUGUUUUCUGCUGUGUUGUACAGCCAGGAGGAAAAUCUGUAAGAAGGUGUCAGAACUUGCUGCUGAGCCAAGAGGUUAAUCCAGAAGAGGAUGUCAGUUUCCACAGUGCAGUGCAACACCUGUCCACUCCCUUAUAUUCCAGCUACAUGCAACAAUUGAAGUUUGUGAGCAGCAGUGAGCCAAGCACCCAUUUGAAUGUGUCCUCUGGUCAUUUUUGUGUGGCUGUAAAUUAACAUAUUUAGUGUCUGGUUGCUAACAAUGACGUUAGCUGUAAAGGCACUACAGUUAUAAAAUAACAUGGGCCACUUGGAAGCCACAAACUGCCUUUGCAUAAUGUUUGCUAUGCACCAGACUGAAAGUUCAGAUGCCACUGUGAAUCAUAUGAAAAAUACAAGCACCAGUCAGCAAGAGAGAACUGACUGUCAGGUUUUAUUAAAGAGGAUGAAAUCCAGAAUUUUAAAAAAAUUAUAAAAGAUGCCUAGAAUGCAUCUUCACCAUGACUUUGUUUAGUCAAUUGGUUAGUUAUUUCAGAGUAACUGGAGAGGUUUUGAGAGUAAUUAGUAGGUUAAUACAGAGAACACUGAAUAACUGGACAGACUUGAGCUUUUUUAGAUGAAAAGGGGAAAUGUGGGGUGUGAGGAAGACUUUACAACAAAUGAGACAAAUGAGGGGUCAGCUGCAAGUUAAUGAUGUUUUCUUGAGAGCAGAGCAACAGGGGUGUUCAGCAGUGUUAGAUCACCAAGGCAGAAUGGAUUAAAACAAAAUGCUUUGUUUGACCUUGUAAUUAAGUGUUUUCCUGCAGGAUGUAACUGAGGCCAGUAGCUUAAAAAACCAAAGGAAAUGGGUGUUUAAGAUAUGAAUGACAGGUAGAGUUCAAGGUCUCUUAAUCCUCAGCUGCAGCUAGACAAGAACAUCCUCUUUCAAGAUUUAGUUGCACACUUAUGUAUGUUAGGAAGUAUUUAAUUCUUUGCUUGUAUCUAACGUUGAUUAACUUCUCAAGGUGGACACAGGAGGAGACAAGUGCACUCUGCUAGGGUUACUAUUUCAAACCUUCUACUGUGUUGUAGAAUUCCUGCUCCUUACUGUUUCUGUAUCUCCAGUUUAGCAGGUGGUACAAGAAACUGGAAAAGGACCAUAGAAUUCUCCCCUUGCUCUUGCUCCCCCCAUCCUGGUAACAGGAUGAAUCACUUCAAUACAAAGCUUUGUUUCCUUCCUAACAAACAAGACCACAUUCUUCCAUGACAGAGAGGAUUAAUGCAAUCUAGCUUUAUUCUGUAAGAAACCUGAGGGUACAGUGCAAGACAAACUUUAGCACUUCAACUUCUUUCCUCCCCCAUCUACUUGCUCUGGUUUCUGGUUUGCCUUUAACCAUAAGGAAAAAAGGCUGGUGAUGAAAGUCUUUUCACUUCUGCAGGCUUUAAAGCUACAGAGGAGGAAUGACAAUGUAACUCAUACUCCUUUAGUGCCUGCAGAACAAGGAAGAUGGAUCUCAAGGAGUCCUAUUAAUUUUUUAAUGUUAAACAUUAAUAGAGUCGCUCAUGUAAGCUCUGUGAUGUAAAUUUCAGUGUUCAAUAGGUCUCACCUGAUGUCUGUUCUGCAGUACAAGUCCUGUGAACUCUGGAAAGGAAGCUUGUUCAUACACUAGGAAUGGAUAGACACUGCCUGCAUUGUACGUAAAGCCGAAGUGAGCUUUGAAAGACUUCAACAAAUGCUGACCUAUUACUGGCGAAACUAUUCUAAAUGUAAUGCAAACCUUGAAAUAAGAGCCCCUCUUUAUACUUUUAUGUAGACAAGUCCCUUGAUACCUGGCCAACUGCAAUUUUUUAAUGGGCGAUUCAUUAGUGAGCAAAACUUUGUGCUACAGCAUCACUGAUACAAACUUUGUAUAUUAAAGAGCAGGGUUGGGUGUCCAUCAGCGUGACACGCUAACUUUUUUUUUUAACUGGUAGAAGCUAAAGGAGUCAUUAGGAACGUAAGGUGUGUUAGCAAGUGUUUUAAGUGGGAGUGGAGUGCUUUUUUUCAGUUACUAUUUUACCUGUGGGCCAGGGUAUGGGUCAGAACAUAGUUUCUAUCAGAAUAAAUGACUCCAGAACUGUACAUGUGUUCACGUAGUAGCUGUAUUGCUGUUUUCAAAUCUGCUUAACACGAUGAAUCUUAAGUAUUUCAGGUGAAAGCCUUAAUCAGGUGCCUGCCCCCUAAGGUAGGCUCAUGUGUGGUGUAGUAUAGACUGGAACAUGACUGUCCUUAAAAAUUCAGAGUUUAAGAAACCGUAACGAACAGAAGUUUCUGUUUGCCAAAGGACAAGAGUCUGGAUUAGAUUGGCUUGACCUUGCUCCAGUGGCUCUGGCUAAUCACGUUGGGUGGUUGCUUUAGCUGCCUGCUUCUUCUGAGUGAAGUAUUUCAAGUGGUCCUGAUGCUUGAACAGUAGAUACGGGCAGAGGGUGUUCCAGGUAUACUGUGUGUGCAAGUGUAGCUGAAAUAACACCACACAUUCCAGUGGCCUUGCACUGUUGUCCUGACAACAUUUAGACCUGCAUUAUGGAUUUAUAAUUUUACUUAAUAAAGCAAGUGCUAUUCUGGCUUGAUAUUUGCUCUCCCAGAGCAAGGUGGAGAUGACUCAUCUACAGCCAAGCUGAACUCCUUAGGGAAUUUAAUAUUUUUGUGUGUCUUCUGAGCAGGUGUUUACUUGUAUCACAACCACACUCAUUCAGUGGUGCCCUGGCCCUUUCUGCUCAAGAGCAACUCUGUUUAGGCCCAGAAGGCUACUGAAUCCCCCAUGAUCUCUGCAGAGCAGAGUUUCCCUCCAGGUCAGGGUUGAGAUGGUGCUAGCGGGACCAGAGCAGUCCCCUUCCAUGCACAUCAGUAUUCUACUCCAGCACUGAUAGGGUGCUCUAAAACCAUUUACAUCUUUAUCACUGAUACAGCUCAGAACUAAGAAAUGGAAAAUUUCUUUCUUUAAGAACAGUAUCAUGUGUGUGUUUUUGUAAUUAAUCAGUGUGGUUCUGUUUCUUAUGUAGCCAACACAGAAUUUUUAUUUAGAUUUAGUUUUUACUGCACUUCCCAUGGCCCUCAUGUUGAUACUUCUUCCUGCUUCCUUGGACACUUAAGACAAUAAAAUUCCCUCUGUACUGCUCUCAGCUUGUGCAGAGAAAA